AUAAACCGUCAAUCCAAAAUGGCAACGAUUCAUAUAAAUAGCGGGAAAAAUAAUUUAGAUUGUAAUAAAAAAAAUAGUAAUAUUCAAAGUUUACCAUUUAAAAUUCAUGCAGAUUGUGAUGCCAAAGUUGAAAGAUAUUUCAAUAGAAAUAUCAGCACCAAAAAUUAUGGAACCUUGCAUGCUUCCUUUAGAGGAUACCCUUUAUCUGGAAAAAUAAUAGAUCUACCAGAUGGAUAUGUCGGAAUUGUUUUACACGAAAGUCUACGACCCGAAACUGACAAAUGUGAAAGGAAAUUUCAUGUUACCAACAAGUUUUUACAAAUCACUCAUUGGAAUUGGGAUAAAGAGCCUAGCGAUAAUGAUAUUAUAACUCAAGCACUUCAAUGGGUUGAUAUAGCAGAAGUUCUGCACAGCCCAAUAAUAGAAGAAUGAAAGGAAGAUGGAUCAAAACUAGCUGUUUUGAUUCAAUUUCAGAUUCAAAUGUGCCUUAGAAAUGUAAAUUUUUUUAGAUAAUCUAGUUUAAAAAAGGUCAAAAAUGUAAAAUAAACCAAAUAUAAAAAGUACAUUAGGUAUCAUAAAUUAACUUUCUGAAUUUAUAACUUCCUACUUUAUUCAUGUUUAAUUAAUAUUCUGUUUAAUUGAAAAUAAAAAAUUUAUUAAUUAAAUAGUCAUUUAUUAUUCUACAAGAGUUGAGAACUUAAGUUCCCAGUAAAUCUUAAUUCUUUACUCUCAAGUUCUAAAUUUAUUAUUAGUUUAUUCUAAUAUAUUUUGUACUUACUCACUUACUUGUAAAAGAAAUCUUGUUGGGUUGUUGUACUUACUGAUUAAAUAGACUUUUAAAUUCCUCUGUAAUCUAUUAGCCUAUUGAAUAAUUCAUUAUUUAGUUUACCUGGUACCUUAUAUUAUAUAUAGUUGAACAUACAAUGUUCUCUAGGAAUUUUUGUGUUAUCAAUAAUAAAUUGAAAUAGAAUCAUAGCUAUUUAUUAUGCAUCAAAAUUGUAUAAAUAGAAUAUUUAUAUGACUAGAUAGUUUUCAAACACAAAUUUAUAGGUAUAUAUAAAUAAUUGUAUAAUUAUUUUCUCACUCAUUCAAUAAUGUGGUAGCAGGAUAACCAAAUAAAAAUAUGGUAACCAAAUAAUAAACAAUUCUGUAAUAAAAUGGGUGGUAUAAUUAAAUUACCAUCAGAACACUACAACAAUAAUCUUGAUAACGAUAAUAACUUUUUGUUUGCUACAUUGUUUAUUUGAGUCACCUGUAAAACAACUACCAAAAAGCUUUAUUUUCCUACCGAAAAACAAAUUCUAGGAAGCAUAAAAAAUUUUAUAACCAAACAGUAUGUACAAACUGAACCAAAAAUUUCAUUACAUGAAGUUACAAAGGAUAUAUGGUGUAGAUUCAGGAGAGUAUUAAACUCCAAUUCAUCUUGUUCUAGAAACCCAAACUCAAAGGGUGCUUUAGCAAGAAUGAAGAUCUAACUUAAUUAAAUAUAGCGCAGAUACUGGAAUACAAUGGAACUCUGCAACUGGAUAGCAAUAGAUGUCGAAAACAACUCUGAUAGAGAGCAAAAUGAUUCUCAAGAUUGCGGUGUAACACCUAGGUAAAUCUAAAUAUCUUUAAAGACCAUAGCUUGUUAAAUAUUUUACAAGCAACUAGUCUAAGCUUCCUGUAAUGAUACCAUAUCCAGUUCAGCUAAAUUUCCAGUAUGGAGAGGAAACAUGGAGGUUACAAGAACUUAACAAAAAAAUGGAAUCUACAUGCAGAAAGAUAGCAAUUAGAGUCUGCAGUGGUAUAAAGUGCAGUACAUACCGCUUUAUCUCCACUGUCAGAAUAGGAGUAUUUGAAAACACCCUCAUGCUUGGAUGACAACAGCGGUGGGAAAAAACAAACAAUUAGACAAGAACAGUUAUUCAAAACUUUCUUGAGGGGAUGAACAGAGCAAAUUGACUUUUAAUAAAGGUACAUACCUAAGAAUUCAACAGUAACAUAUUAUUAAUAUAUUAGACAACCUGAACUUUUGAAGUAAUGCUUAUGCGGUCCCAAAGGUUUAGAAAGGUGGAAACAGAAAGAGGUGGGGUUUUAGUAGGUAGGGUGUCCUUAGAUAAACGAGGCGAGAGUCUAAAAAAUAGUUCCACAACUUUCAAACAAAUUAACAGGUCCAAUAUUCAAGUAACAUAUUUUAACAGUGGGCAGAUGUUAAAACCGAAAUAUUGGAUUUUACGUCAGUUUAAGUUAAAUAGAAUAUUCAUUGCCAUAUUAAAAAGGUAAUUUUAUAGACAGAUAUUCACUGCCACAGUAGGAGAAAGGAAAAUUACAAAACAGAAGCAAAGAAAACUAAAGAAACUAUAUGAAUUAAUAUUACACCCGACACCCACAAAGGAUAUACAUGGGUUUAGGAUUAUAUACAUAAAUCAAUAUAAGCCAGCAUGUUUUAAAAAAUAACUCGAUUAAUCAGUUUUGUCUAUUGGGAAUACACGAAAACCUACCUAUUAAGUAGGUAGUAUAGAAUAUGUUUAGGCUGAACUGUUCAACAUGUGGAUGUAUAUUUAUCAUUGCCUUAACCGAUGGCACUUGCAUGUCAAGAGUUAUAACAAAGCUUGGCACAAACCAUGGACUAUUUACAAUAAUUCUUAGGAUUCUCUAGGAUUUCAAUAUUGAAUUAGGAUUAUCUUUUAGAUUACUAUUUUUUUUCACAGAUAGAAUUUUCUAUGUAUUAAUCAGAAUAAAUCCUUUAGUUUCAAGCCUAAUUGUUUGCGUUUAUCAUUAUCAUUAAUAUGGCUUAAUUUUUUAAAUGACUUUAUUUGGAAGUAAUCAAAUGAAAGUCGAUAAUUAGUUCAACAAAAUGUAUUGAUGAAAUUUCCAGAGAUGCAACUCUAACUGUGAGUUUUUGAUUUCUACCGUUUCAUAUUUUUAUUUGAUUAUUGCUACCAAUAAAAAACAAAACAUUUUGUAAACAGAUCACUGAAAUUAUGCGUUUAAAAAUGGCAUCAUCACAACAUACAUGACAUUCUAAUUCUAGUUUAUUGAGUAUAUCUAUUGAAACUAUCUUAAAAUUUGGCAUUAUAGAAAAUGGCAGGUUUAUUCCAGGUUAUACAUUGAAAAAAAUUUGAUAAAUUUUACACGUAUGAUAUUAAAAAAUGGUCAAAAACGAUAGUUUUUAGUCAAAAAUAUAUUUAUACAGAAUCCAUUAAAAGUUAUGUGUAUUUGUACAAAUUGGAAAUAAGUUGUGCUGUUAGCUAUUGUAUAUAUUAAUGUUGAUUAUUGUUGAAAGGUGUUUGCAAAAGGUAAAGUAUUUGUUACACUUUUUUACCUCAUUCUAAAAAAAGAACAGAGCCUUUUGUAUUUAUAAAUGUUCUUGAUUUUAGCUAUCUAUUAAUGAUGAAUGUAUUAAUAUUUCGAACUAAUUCAGUCUUUAUUAUUAUAUAAUCUGAAAAUUUUGUCUUUGGUUGUCACAUAUAUUCCAUUUUAUUCACAUUUUAUGCAUUCUGUAUCUUGACCUUCUUAAAUAGUUUAGAAUUUUUUAAAGUAUAGUCAAUUACUGUAAUAUUAAAUGGUCUUACUGUAUAAAACUUUGUUUUUGUUUAAUUAAAAUAUCGAAUGAAUGUUUUUUUUUUCAUCAACUUAGUAUGAAGAAUAUUCAGGAUGUAAAAAUGAUAUUUUGAGCCAUAAAAGAGCACCAGAAACAUUCUUAAAUAUCAAUUAUUUACAUUGGAUAUACUUAUUUUCUAAAAAGUAAUUACCCCUUAUAAAGUGAGCGUACCUUAGAGAUAUAUUACUAUUUUCAAAAUCUUACAAAGUAAAUUAAAUAAUAAUUAUUAAUAAAGGUAUGUUAUGCAUCUAAUAUAUUUUUCUAUAUUAGAUGUUUGAUAUGAAUUCACAUUGUUGAAUAGGAGGAGAAAUAGGAGAAAAAUAUUUUGUCAAAUCUAAUUUAACUGCACAUUUAAGAGUUUAAACGUUUUACAAUUAUAAAGCAUUUUUACCAAAUAUGAAAAAUGUUUCUUGCUAUUGUAAUAUGAUGUUCUUUUUGUGAUAAAAUAUUUUGUUAAUACAAAAUUACAAUUUACCUACCUUAAUUGAUUAUAAAAUUAGAGACAUUGGCUUGGGAGUUUUAUUUCUGUAAUGCAUAAUUCAAGAAAUGAAUUGAUGAAAAUAUAACGAAUAGAGUUUUCGAUUGUGAUGAUAUAUAAAACUUUCGAUUAUUACAAAAACACCUUUUUUCAAAAAAAGUCCAAGAAAACAAAAUAAUUUCUUUACCUACGAUCCCAAUUCACAAUAUUUAAUAACCGUUCUUUCUAAACAUCCCUCACAAUUAAGGGAACGUUACUUUUGACACUAAGGAAAAAGGUGAUUCGUUGUGUGGAGUAGGCAGAUUGAGACUAUGAAAUUGGAUCACUUCUUACCAAUGAAAGAAUAAUCGGGUCUCCAUCCUUCUCUUGAUAAUGGCUCCGGGGGCCUAAACGUCGAGAAUUUUAAAAAUUCAAAUGCGGUUCAACCUUUGAUCCUUGUUCUUUUGUUCAUAAUGCCCUUAUAGAUGUACUAUCAACUCUAUAAAUUAAUGUAACCACAUAUGAGAAUAAAUAGUAUUUUAGAUGAAAGUAAGAAAUAUAUUAGUCAACAUGUAUAUCUGAUUUAAUAUGUAAAUAUAAGACCUUUUCCUAAUUAAAAACUUUAAAUAUCUAAGCAAUUGCUUUGAACAUUAAUUAUAAUGUAUAAUAAUUAAUAAGAAAUCGCUGCCAUUGAAGAAGUUAUAAGAAUUAA